CUUUGGCUGUCUUUCAUCCCAAAGACGAGAUCUCCUCUGCCACGGCUCAUCUUUUUCUGCUCGGGGCUGUGUUCAAAUCAACUUCGCUUGUCGUGUUUUGUGUCUCUCCUUUCUUCGAUUGAUACCCUUUACUUUUUGUUCUUCUGUUCUGUUCAGUAGUCGGGAUUACCCGUCACCGCCUGCCAUGUCUUCAAAAGUCGAGAUCGAUCUCUAUGAGGUCCUCGAAAUUUCCAGCAGUGCCAGCAAGGAAGAGAUUCGCAAGGCUUAUCGCAAGGCCGCACUCGCCAGCCACCCGGACAAGGUCCCUGAAGCCGAGCGAGAAGCCGCAGAAAUCCGGUUCAAGGCUGUCCAGGAAGCCUACGAUAUCCUCUACGAUGAAGAGAAGCGCCAUAUCUACGACACUCAUGGCAUGAGUGCGUUCAACGGUUCCGGUGAGCCGGGAAUGGGGGCGGGCCCGGACCUCGAUGAUAUCCUCGCGCAGAUGUUCGGCGGCAUGGGCGGCAUGGGUGGCAUGGGUGGCAUGGGCGGCAUGCCUGGCGGACCUCAGGCGCGCAAGCCCCGCAAGAGCCCGAACGAGGAGCAGAAGUAUGAAGUCAGCUUGGAAGAUCUCUACAAGGGCAAGACAGUCAAGUUCUCUAGCACCAAGAACGUCAUCUGUUCUCACUGCCGGGGUAAGGGCGGCAAGGAGAGGGCUACGGCCAAGAAAUGCGCCACUUGCGACGGACACGGUGUCAAGCAGAUUUUGCGACCCAUGGGUCAAUUCCUGUCCCCAACUAUGGUGACCUGCUCUACGUGUAAGGGUCAGGGUGAGUUCUUCAGCGACAAGGACAAAUGCAAGAAGUGCAAGGGGCAGAAGACGACCGAAGCGAAGAAGUUGUUGGAGAUCUACAUCCCUCGCGGGGCGAGGGAGGGAGAUAAGAUUAUCUUGGAGGGUGAGGCCGAUGAGGUGCCAGGUCAGGAACCGGGAGACAUUAUCUUCCACUUGGUCGAAGAGGAACACCCGGUUUUCAAGAGAGCUGGUCCUGAUUUGACCGCGGAGAUUGAUGUCACGCUGGCGGAGGCCUUGACUGGUUUCUCACGCGUAGUGAUCAAGCAUCUCGACGGCCGCGGGAUUGAACUGAAGCACCCCAAGGCUCCUGGCCAAGUGCUGUCCCCUAACCAGGUUUUGAAGGUGCCUGGGGAAGGAAUGCCGGUCAAGCGUGGUGACGCUCGUGGUGACCUGUACCUGAUUGUCAACAUCAAGUUCCCCGAUGAAACGUGGAAGCCCACGCCGGCGGUUCUGGAGCAGAUUAGGCAGAUGUUGCCCAAGCCGGAUGCUCCUAUUCCCGCCGACACGGUGGAUGAGGUCGAGUAUGACCCCAAGGGAAAUAUUGAAGAUUUCGGAGCCCAGGACCCGGAGGGAGGAAACGCCUGGGAAGACGAUGAUGAUGAGGGGGGAGAAACCGCUCAAUGCACGACCCAGUAAUUGCUGCCAUUUGACCGGGAUAUGGAUGCAUUUUCCGCCUUUCAUUUUUUUUUUUU